AAGAAGUUAACUGUAGAACGGUGCGCACAACUGUAGCACUUAAACUGUAUUAAAAAUCAGCUAGAUCAGCAACAAUUACUUGUAUUUACACAUAAUAAACAAUUGCAAAUACUCAACUUCAUCUAAAUCAUUUCGAUUUGUUUACAUCUAACACAGCUGAUGCUGUGCGGUUUGGUAUUCCAUAACGCUCAAGUUCAAACAAUUACCUUAUUUGCGGUUUACUAACGUUUAAUGAGACGCUCAUGGCAUAGCUGUAGUCUCUCCGAACACACAUUCGAUUCAUAACGUUACUUGUAAUUCAUAAAUUCUAAUUGCUGGCAGUUGCAAUUGUGCAUUAAGUUAAAUAAAAUGACACAAACGCAUUUCGUAUUGCCGCUUUUGAUGCCCGAAAGACAGUUGGUGCGCACCUUUCCAGCGCCCUACAACGAGGCCGUUUCGCCCUUUGCCGAGGUGAAGGAUUUUUCCAAAGCCGUACGCUUCGAAUCGCAAUGGCAACCGAAGUUGAAGCUGCGACCACGUAAAGUCAUACUCAUCGGCGAUGUGGCAGUGGGCAAGACGACAUUGGUUAACAGAUUUUGCUUUGAUAAAUUUGCGGAGAAAUACAAGGCGACUAUUGGCGUGGACUUCGAAAUUGAGAGCUUCAAUGUUUUGGGACAGAGCUUUACGCUGGAAAUGUGGGACACUGCCGGUCAGGAGCGUUUCAAAUGCAUAGCACAAGCUUAUUAUCGAAAUGCAAAUGUUAUUAUUGUCGUUUUUGAUAUGUCCAAACCGGAAACACUGAAUUCAGCAACUAAAUGGCUCAAAAGCGCGCUGGCUGUCAACACAAUACAAAUGCCGCUGACAUUUUUGGUUGGUACCCAGUCGGAUAGAUUGAGCCGAGAAGAAUUUGUACGUGUUGAACGUUUGGCCGCAGAAGUUGCGGAUGGCAUUAAAGCGGAAUAUUGGUCAGUUUCCGCGCGAACCGGUUAUAAAGUAGUCGAUUUCUUUCAACGUGUCGCGGCGCUAUCCUAUGAGACCGCAUGCAAAGAAGCGAUUAUUGAACGUCAUUUUAUGGAAAAAUCCGUUGCGGUGCGUUUACAACGGAAGUCAAAACAAUGCGAUUUUCGUAACAACAAUGUAGGCAACAGUGGAGCGAAGACUAAGGAAAGGAGCUUGUGCUUUUGUUCGUAAUUCCUAAAUAAUUGUAGAUAUUAAUUUAAAUAAUAAAAAUAUUUCACGAAUUAAAUACAGUGGAACUUCUCUAACUCGAAUCACCAUAAUCCACAGAAAAACUUCGAGUUAGAGAGACUUUCGAGUUCCAGAAUGUAAUUUGUAUCAAUUUUGACUUCUAUUGCCAAUUCAAUUAUGGAGAACUUCGAGUUGGAGCAGUUCGAGUUAUGGAAAUUCAACUGUAUGUUAUACUUACUUUUUUAACUGCGUUAUAUGAAGUUCGCGACAAUUCACUGGUAAAAGUAUAAUCCCGAAACUACACUACUACACAUACACAAGCAGCAGCCAUUUAAAUUUGGCAAGUGAAAAUUUUUGCAAACUCAUUAUUGAAGAAAUCACUAGCAAAUA